AUAAAUUUGCAAAAAAUAAAUCAAUUUAACGCGAAAUCUGAAUUACUUUUGAAGUGCUUAAAUUUUUGUCCGUUACGUGCGGGUGGGACAGACAUUUUCAUAUUUAGCUGAUUUGUAUCGCGACUCGCGAGUAUAUCGUAUCGAUAUCACCGACGAAUCAUGCGAGAUUCGAGUUAUUUUAAUUUGAGCUUGCAUAACAUUACAAGCAUCACUAAUUUAAGCAGUAUUUUUAAUUUGUACUUAAGCAUAAGUAGGCUACACCAAAGAAAUUCCCCUACUCAGUGAGAAGAGAAAGUAUUUUAAUAUCCAUUAAGCAUUAAUCCAUAUGAGUUAUUCUUAGGUUAUAAGAACGUCGAUUUUAAUCAACAUUAAAAUUGUUUAAGAUAAAAUUAAAGAUGUUUGUUUCCAAAAGAACUCUGAAAAUUGGUGGAGCUGUUGCUGUGGGCAUUGGUACUUUUGCUUCGCUAAGAGCAAAUGAAUAUGACGUUGGAUCUAUUGGGAUUGUCAGAUUAGGAAGAGCUGCAGUAACAGUGUUUGAAAUUGGUUCACAUUAUAAAAAACAUUUAUACAACAGUGGUUUAGAAAAAGACUCAAAAGAAUAUUUAGAGAAGAAGUCAGAUGCACACACAUAUGGGGCUCAAAAAUUAUUGGAACUCUGCUGCGCCAAUAAAGGAGUAUACAUAAAAGUUGGCCAGCACAUUGGUGCUUUAGAUUAUCUUUUACCCAAGGAAUAUGUUAAAACAAUGAAGGUUCUGCAUAGUUCUGCUCCUCAAUCUAAUUUUAAUGAUGUUUUGACAGUGCUAAAAGAAGAUUUUAAAGCGGAUCCUUACGAAAUAUUUGAAUCUAUUGAUAAGAACCCGCUAGGCACUGCAAGCUUAGCUCAAGUACAUAAAGCCACCUUAAAAGAUGGAAGUCAGGUAGCAGUAAAGGUACAACAUCGAUCUGUGAAAUCAAAUUCGUAUGUAGAUAUCAAAACUAUGUCUGCAUUAGUGAAAAUUACUUCAUGGGUAUUUCCUGACUUCAAAUUUGACUGGCUUGUUGACGAAACAAAAAAGAAUAUUCCCAGAGAACUUGAUUUUACUAGAGAGGGUAAAAAUGCUGAAAAACUAAAAAGUUUAUUUACUAAUUAUGAUUGGUUGUUUGUACCAAAAAUCCACUGGAAUUUAUCAUCCAAUCGUGUUUUAACAAUGGAGUACAUAGAAGGUGGACAAGUAGAUGAUUUAAAUUACUAUAAAGAAAAUAAAAUUAAUCCACUUGAAAUUAGUAAUAAAAUUGGCGAUCUCUACAGCCAUAUGAUAUUUAUUACUGGAUUUGUCCAUUCAGACCCACAUCCAGGAAAUAUUAUUGUCAGAAAAAGAAAUAAUAAAGCUGAAGUUGUACUUUUGGAUCAUGGAUUGUAUGCAGAUCUAUCCAAUGAAUUUAGAUGGGAGUACUCUAAAUUGUGGCUUGCUAUUUUAAAUAGUGACAAAGUUGCUAUGCAAAAACACUGCACCAAUUUAGGAGUUGGUGAUAUGUAUGGAUUACUUGCUUGCAUGGUUUCAGGUAGAACUUGGGACACCAUUAUGAGUGGAGUACAAAAAACCAAAUAUAGUUCAAAAGAAAAAGAACUUUUCCAAAAAGAAAUUCCAGAUCUUUUACCUAAAAUUACUGAAGUUUUAGAAAGAGUUGACAGGCAUAUGUUAUUAGUAUUAAAGACAAACGAUUUAAUACGCAAUAUAGAAUUUAAUUUGAAAACUCAAACAAGAAUGUCUGCAUUUUUGCAAAUGUCAAGAUGUUGUGUGAAAUCUGUUUAUAGUGAAAAGUUAAGAAAUUGUUCCACUACUUGGUCUAGGUUCUUUACCUCCUUACAGGAACAGUGGUCUCUAUUUAAAAUAUUUGUUUAUUAUGGAUACUUGGGUUUAAUCAAUUUUAGUCUUAAACAAAGUAUUUUGUCAAUAUGGAAUCAAGAUGAGUUUUUGGGGUGAACAAUACAUUUUUUUUUAAAUAAUGAUAUGCAAGAAAUGGAAAAUUUUAAAUGAUUGACCAAAUAGUGGUUUGUACAAUAUUUGUAUAAAUAUGUAAAUAUUUUGUUGAAAGUUGAUUUUUUAUGCAUUGAAUUUUAACCAUCUAUUAUAAUUA